AUGAAGACAAGCAUCUAUUUUCGUUAUUUCAUUUUUAUUAGUUUAAUAAUAUUUAAUGUUUAUGCCAGUGAACACUUUUACGGCGGUUCAGUCACAUAUAGAGUUGUGAAUAAUACUGCAACUGGUGGUGCUCCUGUGCCAAUUGUAAUAGUGCAAACAUAUGUAUGGUCGUAUCCAACAAUAUACUGUAACGUUAGUUCAAUAAGAAAUCAAACACAGCUUGAUCUUUCUGGUCAUAGUGGGUAUGGAGACUAUUUAGAUUGUAUAGCAGAUUGUUCAACGUCAGGGGGUUUUCUGCCUAUACCUAUCACACCUUAUUGUACUGAUUAUAGUGCACCAUUAGGAUAUACAAUUGGUCAACGGUCAGAUAUAGUUUAUGUUUCACUGGGAUCUUAUUUUACAGUUGCAUUUCAAGAUAUGUCAUUGCCACCCUUAACUAAAUAUUCAUCGAAUGAUAACGGAUCUUGGAGUAUUGCAUGUACAAUCAGUGUAUCAAUUAGACCAAAUGGAAGACUAAAUUCUGGACCAAUUUCAACAGUGGCAUCGUAUAUUUCUAUUCCAUCGAGUGGUCUACAGUCUAUUCCAAUACCAACGUUCGACCCUGAUGGUGAUAAUAUACGUUGUCGAUUUUCAACUAAUUCAUCCACAGUUGACGAAUGUGGCUCAGUUUGUUGGCCAGAUUCAUUACCCACUGGGAGCAUACUAUAUAGCAAUUGUACAUUAGUUAUUAGUGGUCAGUCUGCAAAUGAGACAUAUGCUGUCGCAAUACAGCUACAUCUACGACGUAAAAAGACCUUAAUGUAUUUAUUACGUUUAUUUUCGAAGGUCGAAGAUUUUUGGAAUAGUACAGCAAUAACACCCUUUAGUUCUACGGGGGUGCUGUUUCUUGUUUCUGUUUAUCCAAGUCCGUCAUGUACAACGAAACCUGUGGUGUCCAUUCAGAUCCCAAUUACAACAUGCAGCGUCUUUAUAGUUGGAAAAGCUUACGUGCUAGGAUUACUUGCCGACGUUAAGUGUACUGGUGCAACAAUUCAAGAUAUAGGAACGGUAUCAUUUCCAGGUAUCAAUUCAAAAAGUGCCGUUGAACAAGAAACCACAACAUCAUGGUCAGUUUCCAUAAUAUGGGUACCAACCAGUGGAGAACAAGGAUCAGAAGUACUUUGCGUAAUUGCAGUUGACAGCAAUAAUGUUCAAUCUACUCAGACUUGCACCACCUUAACGAUAACCGCAAACACUAAUCCAACCUGUACUACUAAGGCCACAACAACAACUACCACAUCAACGACUACCACAACUACCUCAACAACGACUACCACAACUACCUCAACAACGACAACAACAGUAACGACUACGACAGCAACAACAACCACAACUCGAAAUUAUGGCAGACGACGGCAAUCCCAAAAAGGAGAGCUAAAACAAGAUAAUAGAAGAUAUAUGAUAUCAGAUCAAUCAAUAUUGAACCGUAUGGGAAGUAGUGUAAGCACAGAUGAUACUAAUUUAUCUAUUUUAAACAGGAGCAGUGCUGAUAAACAAAGACCAGUUUCAACUCGUAGAUCAAGUAGUAGAACAAAAUCUGCGAGAAGGACAAGUAGUAGAUCAAGAUCUACGAGAAGGACAGACAGUACCACGUCAACAAAUUCUAGCAUUCCUACACCCCAUACUAAAUAUGUUAUUUAUAAUAUGUCUGAUGGUAAGGAGAGCACAUAUCACAGAAAUGCAAGUGGUUCAUUGUUUGAUCAUUCUCGUCCAACGUCAAGAACAACGACUGAUAAACGAGAAAAACGCAACGAUAAACCAGUUGCAAAAGCAAAGAAACAGAUAAAUGAUGAUGAUUCAUGGGAGUUAGAUAAUAUAUCACAAUCAUUACCGGAAAUAAUGGAUCAUUCUUUAAGUCCUAUGAGCAUGUCUGAUUUUCGUUCAAUAUCAAGUACAUCAACGAUACUUAAUGAUGGCCGUGUUAGCGUUAUGAGAGUUAAACGAAAAGACAAGCCACCUGAAGACGGAAAUAAGUGCAUAAAGGAGGUCCCGUCAGGUCAAUUACAUAAUAUAUUAGAAAGAAGCGAAAGUAACUUACGUUCUUGUGUAUCCGAUAA